AGGAUGGGGGCUCGGGGCUGCCUGGGGCCGCUGCUGCUGCUGCUGCUCCUCCCUUGGGCCGGGGGGUCCGGCGUGGGCUCGGAGUCACUGCCCGGGGCGGUGGCAGCUGCUGGUGGGGACAGGAUGUGGCUCCAGCCCUCCAUCAUCGGGGGACACGAGGCCAAACGCCACUCCCGGCCCUACAUGGCAUUCCUGCAGAUCGGGGGUAGCGCCUGUGGGGCAGCGCUGCUGCACCGGCGCUGGGCACUGACCGCCGCACACUGCCUGCCUAAGAGGUUGCGGCACAAGGGGCGGCUGCUGGUGGGGCUGCACAACCGGCGGGACGGUGAGGAGGAGGAGGGCGCGCAGAGCUUCAGCAUCCGGGCUGCCUGUCCCCACCCCGGCUACGACUCAUACACGAGGGAGAACGACCUGCUCCUGCUGCAGCUGGACGGGAAGGUGACGCUGAGCAGGACACGGCGCCUGAUCCCGCUGGCGAGCCGGGAGCCGGCGCCGGGGGCGCGGUGCAGCCUGGCGGGCUGGGGGAUCGCAGACCCCCGGCAUGGGGGGCUGUCACCCACCCUGCAGGAGCUCGAUGUGACGGUGAUGGACACGCGGAUGUGCAACAACAGCCGCUUCUGGCACGGCGAAAUCGGCCCCACCAUGAUCUGCUUCCAGGGCCUGCGCCGCGGCUCCGCGCCCGCCAAGGUGAGAAUUUGGGGCUCCAAGGGUGCUGAAAAACCCAAAAACCCCGAGCCUGGCUGCGGGAGGGAUGCUCACCCUGAGCAGGUGGGAUGUUCUCCUGGCCAUGGUGGGGGUUUCUGUGCCCUGGUCCAUUCCCCGGUGUCACCUCCCCUCAGGGUGACUCGGGGGGACCCUUGGUGUGCGGGAGGCGGCCGGCGGUGGCCGGCGUCAUCUCCUUCAGCGGCGAGAACGCCACUGACCCUUUCAAGCCACCCGUGGCCACCUCGACCGUGAAGCACAAGAAAUGGAUCCAGAAAAUUCUGCGGAGAGGCUGCGGGUCCGGCCGGCCCGAACACACGGGAUAGAGCAAACACCCAUUCCUAUUUACACAGGUUGGCUUUUAAUCGGGAAUACUGUCCAGAGUCUGGUAAAAUAACAUCCUUAGUACAUAGAUACAGUGAUGGCGAGCGGAGCCCGGCGGGAUUGUCGGUGGAGGAGGAGGAGGAGGGCGGUGGUUUGCAGCCAGGGGGUGAUCUGGCCCUCCUGCCCACCCCUGUGCUCCAUUACAGCACCCGGCAGUGCUGCUCCUGGGAUUUUCCUCCUUUUCUUCAGUCCCGGCCACUGCCAGGGCAGGGGGGCUCCAGUGGGCAUUGGUGUGCCCAUCCCCAUCACCCCAGUGCGCAUCCCUGGGGACCCCCUGCAUAUCCCCACAGUCCUGGUGUCUCCCUGACCCCACUGUGCAGCUCAGAGCUCCUCCCUGUGUCCCCAGAGCCACCCAGGUGUGUCCCCUGCACGUGUCCCCAUAGGCCUGUGUCUGUCCCUGCAGCCCCCCGUGGCACUGGGAUGGGGGGCACAAAGGUCCACCCAAAGCAGGGAGUGAUGGUGUAGGACUGGAGGUAUCCAAGGGUCUGGGACCACCAGGAUUGGGGGUCCCUCUGCAGCCCAGCCCGUUCCCAGGGGCUCAGGCACUCCCUACACACCCCAGGGUUGGCACCUGGGCCUGGCUGGCAGCAGGAGUGUGGGGGUGUCCCCAGGGUUUCGUGCUCGUGGGCGUAAUCCAGUCCUGGAUGGAUUCGUGUCCACACCCACAGGGACACCCCGGGAUCCUGGCUGCGAGCUGAGGCUCUCCUGCCCUGGCAUGGGAGGCUGGGGGGCUCUGGGUGAAGCUGAGGGACCCCAGACCCUUUCCUGAGGGUUGGGCAUCCUGGUGCCAGCUCAGUACCCUGUCCCCUCCCAGAGCAGCCCCCCAGCCUGGUGACAGCCCCCUGUGAGCAGCCCCUGGGAUGAGCCCAUCGGGACCCCGGCCACCUCCACGAGCUUUGCCCGGCUCCUCCUGCACCAUUUCCCUCUGCCACCACCUCGGACCAGCACAGAUCAGCCAUGAGGAACCUCCAGCGCGGAGUCCUGGUCC